ACAUUCUUCGAUCUCUUCCUCCACCAUCCUCCACGAUUGUUGUGCUUUUGCUUCCGCAGUUUGUCGAAUUUGUUACAUCAGCUAAAAAGUCCAGCACAGGUUUUCGAAUGCUGCAACACGAACGAAUUGUCAGUCGUAAAGAUACCUCUCAGAAGCCAAUACGUUUAUAAGGAACGAUACAACCACGUUUCCAAAUACGAAGUGCAUUCUAACUCCAAACAUCAAGAGUGACAGUUCAGUGACUGCUAUAAUCAAGUCAAUAUAGUGUGCCAGAUUUGCCAUCAUCCUCGGGUUUUCUGAUUUUCUUAUGGCGGAACAUGUGUCCAUUGAAGAGUGUCAUCAUCACUUUGCCUAAGGGUCUUAAAAAAGACUCGGGCAUAAUUUCAACCAACGACCUCAGAUCCGCUACGAAACUUAACUUUGCAACCUCCAUUCUUACCGAUAAGCUGAGGAUUGAUAACAGAAAAACAGUAAAACAUAUGGAAGACACAAUGAUAGAUUCGGGGAUUUUAAAACCAGAACCAAUUUGCAUUAGAGGGAAGAAACGAAGGCUAGAUCACCUAACAUGGGAGGAAAAGCUUCAGAGAAAAAAGUUAAAAAACAGAGUAGCAGCUCAAACAUCACGAGACAGAAAAAAGGCGAAACUAGACGAGCUGGAAGAGACCGUUCGAAUGCUCGCUGAAAGAAAUGAUCUUCUGGUGCAAGAAUGUACGAUGCUUAGGUCGGAAAAUGAAUCACUCCACGACGAGACUGAAAGGUUAAAGACAGAGAGGCAUUCGGAAACGACGAAGGAGCGGCUCUGCUCGAUGUGUCAAGGUCGUGUCGAUUUUACUGUCCCCUCAUCGGGAUCAGCAGAAUCUCAUCUAAACCCUCCGGCAGGGUGGGGCAGUUCAGUCGACACAACCUCUGAUACUGACACCAAGUGCCGUCGUCCUUCUGAAGAUUCUGACGCUCUACCUCCUCUCGAGGAACUAUUCGGAGAACUCCAAGGGGAUGACUACAUCGAUCGACUCGAGGAACUGGCCGAAAGUCUUCUGCGAGAAGUUACCGCAGAAGUGGAAGCAAAUACUACUCGACCAAAUGAGCAGGUAUCAGUCAAGAAAGAAACCGCCGGAGAAUCUCCACUGGUGGGUCAAGCACCAAACGUCGUGGAAGUCAAUGCAGGUUCAAGAAGCAUAAGUGCUGUUGAGCAAUCUGCAUUGGUUCCCACAUCUUGCAUUAGCGAAGUUCCGCCUGAUCUCGUUCCAGCCGAAAAUUCACAUCACCAGGACGUGAAGAUAAAACGGGAACCAGCGAGCGACGUGGACACCGUGUAUGGUACUUACGACGAGGCUACCAACUGUAUUACGAUAAUCGUCAACGACGAUAUCAAGAUCCAAGAGAGCGUACAAGAAAUAUCGUCGGAGGGCAUUCAGAAUCAAAUCGACGAGCCAAUGCCUUUAACUCCAGUGCAUUAUACUGAUACUGAUCACCUCUCACCUUACGCUUCCCAUGACUCUAUGUCACCCUCGAGUAUUCACUCCGAUGACACUGACUCGAGCGUGCCUAUCAAUAAACAAGAUUCUAAUUUCUCAGAUACCGGAUAUGAAUCUCAUGGUUCUCCGUUUGAUGAAACUUGCAGUGUAAAUGAAACUUCUGUGCUAACAGAUUUGUGGCACGAGAGUUUCUCAGAACUGUUUCCUAGCUUAGCCUGAUCCGAAAUUCAACGGGUGUGUCCCGUUUUUUCUGUAAAUGAUGCUUACUCUCAUCUGUGAUAUUAGUAAACGGUGACCUGGAGUUAAGGGUUUAAGUUAAUAGGUAAGGAUUUUGUUUCAAGAAGUGAUUGAUUUUUAACACUGCACAUUCCUAAGUCGGUUUAUUUUGUAUUGACUUCUGUGAGUCUGUUUGGAUAUAUUUUGUAAACAAAAAAAUACUCUGAAUGUAGCUGAGAACUAGGCUCAAGUUCUUUUAUGAGUUAGAUUUAAUUAAGCGUUCUUGUUAGUUUUGAUUCGGUGUAUCAUUAGCAGUACAGAUUUGUAUACGGUUUGAUCAUUACAGUGUAUUAUUUAUUGUACGCUAGUCUCGUAAGUUUAACUUGAAGUAUCGUAUAAAGUGUCCAUCUAUCUUCAGUAAUCGGCGAUUCAGCUCGUAUUUACUAUGUAAAUAUUUUUAAUAUUUAUUUUAUAUUUGUCAUCUAUGAGGAUUGUAAACGCACGAUAAUGUGAUGAAAUUGAAAUACACUUCAGAAUCCUCCUUAA